AUUGAAAUCUUUAUUAAAAAUUAACUUUAGAUUUAAAAAAAAUAAAAAAGAACAUUGUUAAGUUAAAUAUGAACUUUGUUUCUGAAAAAGAUAUUGAAGAAGCAAAAAAGAAGCGAGCCGAGGAAUGGGAAAAAGCACGCAGUCAAGGGAGAGAACUUCCUCAGGUUGAGGAAGAAAGUUUUCGGGAUACUCGUUCUUUGUAUGAAAGAUUAAAAGAACAAAAAGACAAAAAACAAGAAGAAUUUGAAGAGCAAUUGAAGUUUAAGAACAUGAUAUAUAAAGGCUUAAAUACAGAGGAUGCAAGUUUUCUGGAAAUGGUAGCAAAAAAAAAGUUAGAGAUGGACAAUAUACGAUUUAAUGAAGAGUCAAAUGAACUCAAAGAAUAUAGAGCUGCUUUAGAAGAUGAAAAUUUAAAGUUGAAUUUGCAAAAACCUACUAAAAGUAAAAUAUCAGUUGAUUUCAAAACAAAACAAAAAUCACAGCGAGAACUUGUCGAGUCUGUUAUUAUUCGGAAAAGAAAAACUGUGGAUGAUAACUUAGCUGUGAAAAAAUGCCAUAUUGAAGAGAAAGAUAAAGAUAUUGAAGAUAAAAGUAAUGAUAUUAAAGGAAAGGCUGAAAAUAUUGAGCAAAAUAGUACUGAUAUUGUAAAAGAAUUAGAUUAUGUUGAUUCGAUCAAAUCCAAAUCUGUUUCGAUUCUUGGUUCAAACUAUUCUUCAAGUGAAGAAGAUUAAUACUCAAAUAUUUUAAAGAUUAAAAUGUUCAUUAUUAAGAAAUAUGUUUAUAUUUUUGUCGAGACAUGUAUUUUGUUAAUUAAUAAAUAUUUUGAGUAAUUUGGU